GCCAGGCGAGCGUGCCACAUGGGCUGGAUGAAUAGCAGGUCUGUCCUGCAGCUGUGUGCUCUCUCCCACCCCGAGAGAGCACAGAGCCGCAGACAGCAAAGCCGAGGAGCCCACGCAGUCUGUCCGGCACCGGCGAGGGGACUGGAGGGCAGCAAGAUGGAGUCAGAAGGAGAAAUCGGCGGCCGUCAACCCGGGAACCCCAGCCCCGCGCGGGACCAGCGCAUCAACCUGAACCAUUACGCCACCAAGAAGAGCGUGGCCGAGAGCAUGCUGGACGUGGCGCUCUUCAUGUCCAACGCCAUGCGGCUGAAGGCAGUGCUGGAGCAGGGGCCGUCCUCUCACUACUACGCCACCCUCGUCACCCUCAUCAGCAUCUCCCUGCUGCUGCAGGUGGUCAUCGGAAUCCUCCUCGUGGUCAUCGCGCGGCUGAAUCUGAACGAAGUGGACAACCAGUGGAGACUAAACCAGCUCAACAACGCUGCCACCGCCCUCGUCUUCAUCACCGUCGUGUUCAAUGUCUUCAUCACAGCCUUCGGGGCACAGAAGACUGGCUUCCCGGCUGCCAGGGCCUCCAGGAGUCCGCGCUGAAGCCGCACGGGACCUGGGCAGGAUCCUGAUGUGGACAUGCUGGCGGCUGAGCGAGCCCAGCCUGGGGACGCAGGUUCUGACUCUGCCCCCUCUCCUGCCUCUGCUCCAGGCCUGUAAAAUGAAUUCUUUCUCUCCAUAAAGACCUCUGCAAAUCCAGUCUGAGUCCAUUUUUUGUCUUCAGCGGCCAAGGCUCCAGCUCCAGGGUUGGCGUCUGCCUGCCCUUUCCUUCUGGGUCCUAGAAGGAGCUAAUAUCUGUUCCAACCGCAGAUGUGUCAGUUCUGGACUGACAGGGUAUGAUCAAAACAUAUAGGGAAGGGCUCAAUUUAAAGAAUUUAUUAAAAAUAAACACAGA